AUGUUCGUAGCUGCAGUUGUUUUUUACGUUUUAUCGCGGGCUGUAGCUCAGGAGCAGGCCCUUAGCACUGACCGCCCCCAUUCUGCCUCGAUGCCAUUCCUUGACUUAUUUACGGGCGCUUCCAACUAUUAUCCCGAUAUAAGAAAAACAUAUUCUGAUUCCGGUUAUUACCAUGGCUCGUGCCAAAAGACAGAUACCCUAUCGUCGUUUGCCAGUCUUUUAGGAAGUGCUGCCAAAAUAAUGCUCUCGGCGACAGUCAUUGUGUUAUUAAAGCUUCUUGGUGGGAAACUUUUGCUUUUACCGCUAAGUGUUAUGGUGUUCGCGAAGUUGGGGCUGAAAGCGGUGUUGUUGUGGCCAGUAAUUUCGAAAAUGAUGAAAUAUUUUAAGAAGAAAAGGAAGAAAAGCAAGUCAAGGUUAAUCAUGGAUUGCACAGAUAGGGUGGCGUGUGUUAUACAGCGGUCUUAUAAGAGUGGUUUCGGUAGUAAUUUCGGGACGGCGGUAACAUUUUCAAUUAUAGACGACGUUGAAGAAGAUAGUCCGAUUGCGAAAAUAUUACUCAGCAUUCUCGCUGGGGACAAGGUCGCGGAAUGUAUGUCAAUGGACUGCAACUCAGGAAUCGAUAUAAGCUGA